GAACACAUUUGAAAAACCUGAAAAGGAACAAAAACGUCAGAAAGCCAGUGUCCUGAUGACAACAACGAAUGUGUCUACAAAUGAAAAGGCCACAGCUGCAACACAGAUCAACAAAAAAUCCAAACCCAACCUUUCCUCAACUCAGAAUAAAAGGCAAAUUGAAUGCAUCUGCUGCAGGCAAAAUCACUUUAUUUACAAAUGUGACAAGUUUACAGCAAUGUCUCUUGAAGAAAAGAAGCAGUUCAUUAUCGACAACAAUAUGUGCUUUGGUUGUCUUCGUGUUGGUCACAUAUCCAAGAACUGUCAACAAAGAGUAACAUGUAAUGUUUGUAAGCGGAAGCACCCUUCUCCUCUUCAUGAAGAUCAUCCACAACCAGAUAAGCCUGAGAUGUUACCGAAAGAGGAAAAUGCAGCCACUGUAUCAUGCAGUGUGAAAUUGGACAACAGUGAUUGCACUUCAAUGAUUGUCCCAGUUUGGCUUUCUUCUUCAACAAAUAGACCAGAAACAUUGGUUUAUGCUUUGCUAGACACCCAAAGCAGCAAUACAUUUAUUGAUCAAAAUGUUUGUGAAAAAUUACAAGCAAGAACAGGACCCGUUAAAUUAAAGCUGACAACCAUAACUGACAGGUGUUCUAUUGUGCCUAGUCAAAGAGUGGAAGGACUGAGAGUUAGAGGGUACCACUCACAAGAGUAUAUUGAGUUGCCACCUACAUAUACUCGAGAAUACAUUCCACUUGAGAAAAACAGUAUUCCAACUCGAGAGACUGCAAAAAAAUGGCCCCACCUACUCAGCAUUGCAAAUGAAAUGCCAGAUCUCUUGGACUGUCCUGUAGCUCUCCUCAUUGGUUAUGACUGUACAAGAGCUCUAAAACCAAGGAAGGUCAUACCAGGAGAGGAUUAUGAUCCCUAUGCAGUUAAAACAGACUUGGGAUGGAGCAUUGUGGGACCCAUUAAGCCAUGGACAGGUUCAGUGGGCGCAACUGGGACCUGCCAUCGUGUAAUAGUAAAGGAAUUGCCAUCUAUUACACCUGCAUCUGUGAUUAAAGCACUUGAAGCUGAUUUUCUGGACACUAACCCCAAAGAAGGGAACAUAUCUCAAGAGGACAUUCAGUUUUUAGAGAUGCUAAAUGAAAACACUCACUACAAUGAGCAAGGUCAUUUAGAAAUGCCUUUACCUUUUAAAAAACGUCCACAGCUUCCAAAUAACAAGCAGCUUGCAACAGUUCGUCUGAAAUAUUUGAAAAUGAAAAUGGACAAGAACCCCAAGUACAAAGAAGAUUACAUAAAGUUCAUGAAUAAUGUGUUUAAAGAUGGUGAUGCAGAGGAAGCAGAAGAAACACCACAGGAUGGUAACACAUGGUACAUUCCACACCACGGUGUGUAUCACCCCAGAAAGCCAGAAAAAAUUAGAGUUGUUUUUGACUGCUCUGCUAAACAUGAAGACACCUCUUUAAAUGACCACUUACUUACAGGCCCAGACUUGAUCAAUACUCUGGCAGGAGUAUUGUGCAGAUUCCGAGAGAACAGAAUCGCAAUAAUGUGCGAUGUGGAGAAAAUGUUUCACCGCUUCCAUGUUAAUCCAGAGGAUCGAGAUUUCUUAAGGUUUUUGUGGUGGAAGGAUGGAAAUACAAAUACUGAGCCAAAGGAAUAUCGCAUGCGAGUGCAUGUGUUUGGUGCAGCGUCAUCGCCUGGAUGUGCUAACUUUGGCAUGAAACAUCUCGCCAGAAGAAACGAAAAGGACUACCCACUGGCAGCCAGUUUCAUUCACAAAAACUUUUAUGUGGAUGAUGGGCUUCUCAGUGUUGAAACAGAUAAGAAAGCCAAGCAGCUAGUCUGUGAAGCACUCAAACUCUGUGUUAAAGGGAAGUUGCGUUUGCACAAAUUUGUGUGCAACAACAAAGAGGUCAUGAGUGUUAUUCCUGAAAGUGAACGAGCUGGCAACACUACGGAUGUAAACAUGAACUACUCUGAAGUUCCAAUGAAAAGUGUGCUGGGAGUAAAAUGGAAUGUGGAAGCCGAUGUGUUCACAUUCAGUGGAGCCCUCAAAGAAAGGCCAGCCACACGCCGAGGAAUUCUAGCAACAGUAGCAAGUGUGUAUGACCCGUUAGGAUUUCUUUCACCCUACACUUUGAUAGGAAAACAAGUACUCCAGGAAAUGUGCAAAAGUGGAGUUGGAUGGGAUGAACCUGUUCCUUCCGUACUGGAAACCAAGUGGAAAGCUUGGCUCUGUGACUUGGAAAAUCUUCGAAAAGUCGAAAUACCUAGAUGCCUCUUUCCUGAGAACCUAGGCAAAAUCAAAAAGGUUGAGCUGCAUCAUUUUUCUGAUGCUAGCAGCAGUGGCUAUGGACAAUGCUCAUACAUUAGGUUUGUUACAGAUGAACAAGUGCAUUGUGCUCUAGUUAUGGGUAAAGCCAGAGUGGCACCUAUAAAAAUAGUCACAAUCCCGCGCCUCGAGCUCACUGCAGCUGCAGUUUCUGCUUCUGUUAGUAACUUUCUUAGAGCAGAGCUUGAGCGGAAAAUCGACGAGGAGUUUUUCUGGACAGAUUCUCAAGUGACUCUUGGGUACAUAAAAAACGAUGCUCGUCGCUUUCAUGUGUUUGUUGCAAAUCGAGUUCAAAAAAUAAGAGACACUACAGACCCAAACCAAUGGUUUUACAUUAAAGCUGAUCAAAAUCCAGCUGACCACGCAUCUAGAGGCCUCAAGGUGGCAGAGCUAAUAAACUCAAACUGGCUCACUGGACCUAAAUUCCCUUGGGAAAGAGAAAUUAUCACGAACCAACAAUCUCCAGAACUUCUUGUUGGUGACCCAGAGGUAAAAGUUCUUAAAACAGAUGCUAUUGAGCAAGACAGGUUUCUUGAGAGGUUCAUGAAAUGCUCUGAUUGGAUCACAGCACUUAAUGUGGUAGCAAGGAUUAAAAGUCUUGCAAAAAGAGACAAAUCAGGAGCCAUCAGUGUGAAAGAAAGACAAAUGGCUGCUUCUGUACUCUUCCAGCUAGCACAGAAGGAAGCUUUUGAAGAGGAACUCAGAUGGUUUAGUGAGAAAGGUUAAGAUCCAAGUAGGUCAAAGAGAUUUAGGGAAAAAAGGUGAACGUCUGAGACAACUAUCUUUUCUGGAGAGACCUGUUCAAAAACUAGUGGUUUUGGUUAAAAGUGAGUCCUAAACUACAGUAAAGUACAAAAUUUGAUACAACAUUAAAAUGUGAUAUUUGAGUUUAUCAAGUUACUGAUUUCUGUGUGUUUCAUAACAAAGGUUUAUGGUUGAUAGUUAUUUUAUUGAAAAUUACAAGAUUUAAAGUUCUUUAAUGUGUAGUGAAUUUCAAUCAUUGUAAUUUUGGUGGCAGUGUAGCUGUCGCAGUUAAAUGUGGUUAUUCAUUGUCAUUUGUUUGAUUUAACUGUGGAAAUAUUUAAUUUAAUUUCUUUGUUGAUUUGACGCCACCUGCUGGCUGGAUUGAAAUUUGACACUGGAAGGUGCGCGCGAGCGGAGCGAAUGAUUAACUGACACAAGCACGGAGAAGCGACCAGAAGAAGCUCACAUCGGAUAAAGAAAAGUGGACAUGGACUGAAAUUGCUUGUGAAUAUUAAGUGGAGAGGCGCACACGUUUUUCACGGUGUUUGCUGGUAACAAGAAGAUAAAGAACCAGUUGAACAUCA